AUGGCUUCGGCUGCCUCUGUGACCAGCCUGGCAGAUGAGGUCAACUGCCCCAUCUGCCAAGGGACCCUCAGGGAGCCGGUCACCAUUGACUGUGGCCACAACUUCUGCCGCAUCUGCCUCACCCGCUACCUUGAGAUCCCCAGCCCGGACCCCGAGGAGCCCCCAACCUGCCCACUCUGCAAGGAGCCUUUCCGCCCAGGGAGCUUCCGGCCCAACUGGCAGCUGGCCAGCGUGGUGGAGAACAUUGAGCGUCUCAAGCUGGUGUCCCGGCUGGACAUAGAAGAGGAGGACAUCUGCCCCGAGCACGGGGAGAAAGUCUACUUCUUCUGCGAGGAUGAUGAGAUGCAGUUGUGCGUGGUGUGCCGGGAGGCCUGGGAGCACCGUGCCCACACUGUGCGCUUCCUGGAGGACGCGGCUGGGCCCUACAGGGAACAAAUACAGAAGUGUCUUGAGUGUCUAAGAAAGGAGAGAGAGGAGAUUCAAGGAAUUCAGUCAAGAGAAAAUCGAAGGAUACAAGUCCUCCUGACUCAGGUGGCCACCAAGAAACAAAAAGUGAUUUCUGAGUUUGCACAUCUGAGCCAGUUCCUGGAGGAACAGCAGAGCAUCCUCUUAGCCCAGUUGGAGAGGCUGGAUGGGGACAUCUUAAAGCAUCGGGAUGAGUUUGAUGUCCUGGUCACUGGGGAAAUCUGCCGGUUUAGCACCCUCAUUGAAGAAUUGGAGGAGAAGAAGGAGAGGCCAGCAAGGGAGCUCCUGAUGGAUAUCAGAAGCACUCUAAUCAGGUGUGAAACCAGAAGGUGCCGGAAACCAGAGGCUGUAUCCCCUGAGCUGGGCCAGAGGAUUCGGGACUUCCCCCAGCAGGCCCUCCCGCUGCGAAAGGAGAUGAAGAUGUUUCUGGAAAAACUCUGCUUUGAGUUGGAUUAUGAGCCAGCUCACAUCUCUCUAGACCCCUGGACUUCCCACCCGAAGCUCCUCUUGUCUGAGGACCACCAGCAGGCUCGCUUCUCCUAUAAAUGGCAGAAGUCACCAGACAGCCCCCAGCGUUUCGACCGGGCCACCUGUGUCCUGGCCCAUGGUGGCUUCACUGGGGGGAGACACACGUGGGUGGUGAGUGUGGACUUGGCUCCCGGGGGCAGCUGCACCCUGGGUGUGGUCAGUAAGGACAUCCGGCGGAAGGGGGAGCUUCGGCUGCGGCCAGAGGAGGGGGUGUGGGCGGUGAGACUGGCUUGGGGCUUCGUCUCGGCCCUGGGCUCCUUCCCCACACGCCUGGCCCUGGAGGAACAGCCCCAGCAGGUGCGUGUGUCUGUUGACUACGAGGUGGGCUGGGUGACCUUUGCCAAUGCCGUCACUCAGGAACCCAUCUACACCUUCACUGCCUCCUUCACCCAGAAGAUCUUUCCCUUCUUUGGGCUCUGGGGACGAGGGUCCAAGUUCUCCCUGAGCUCCCUAGAGGGUGCAGCUAACCUCCCCUAA